AUGGACGUUUCCCAGGCCAUCUCGGGCUACAUCUCCAAGAUCGUGAUGCCCACGGGAGAGACAUUGUCGUCCAAAAUGAAAAUUUUACUUUUGGAUAGAGAUACCGUCCCGAUUGUAUCCACGGCAAUUACGCAGUCGAGUCUUCUCAACCAUGAGGUCUAUUUGAUUGAUCGCCUGGAUAAUACUGCGAGAGAGAAGAUGAGACAUCUGCGCUGCCUCUGCCUCGUGCGACCCUCACCAGAAACUAUACAGCUUUUGAUCGAUGAGCUAAGGGAUCCCAAAUAUGGCGACUACCAGCUUUAUUUUACCAAUGUGGCCAAAAAGUCCUCGCUCGAGCGACUGGCUGAGGCAGAUGAUCAUGAGAUUGUCAAGGUUGUCCAGGAGCACUUUGCAGACUAUAUGGUCGUAAAUUCAGAUUUAUUCAGCCUCGAAAUUAUGCUGCCAAGAUGGCAUAUAUUUGCUGGCAGCCCUGAUAUCUGGAACGCCGACUCCCUCCAACGCUGUGCGGAAGGAUUAGUCGCUGUUUUGUUAUCGCUCAAGAAGAAGCCCCUCAUUCGAUUCUCCAAGAGCAGCUUGAUGGCAAAGAAGCUCGCUUCCGAGGUUCGAUAUCUGAUGACUCAAGAGGAACAACUGUUUGAUUUUCGAAAAGUUGACACGCCACCAAUUCUGCUGGUGCUCGAUCGUCGCGAGGACCCCGUCACCCCACUCCUAACACAAUGGACCUAUCAGGCCAUGGUCAAUCAUCUUCUCGGUAUUCAAAACGGCCGCGUGAACCUCGAGAAUGUGCCGGAUAUCCGACCAGAGCUGCGAGAAAUUGUUCUAUCCCAAGACCAGGACCCUUUCUUCAAAAAGAACAUGUUUCUCAACUUUGGUGACCUUGGAAGCACGAUCAAGGAAUACGUGGAGCAAUACCAAUCAAAGACAAAGAACAACGCCGACAUUGACUCUAUUGCUGAUAUGAAGCGCUUCAUCGAGGAAUAUCCCGAAUUUCGAAAGUUAUCUGGCAACGUCAGCAAACAUGUCACCCUCGUCUCCGAACUGAGUAGACGUGUCGCAGCCGAAAAUCUGCUAGAAGUCAGCGAGUUAGAGCAAAGUCUCGCAUGCAAUGAUAAUCAUAACAACGAUCUGCGACCUUCCAACUCUUUGCCGAUGCUGACCGAUCUUCUCGUUGCAGCUGGUAAUGUGCCACCGCGCCAGGCCUCCAUGGUAGGCAAGGUGCUUGCUUAUCACACAUCUCUGCACGCUUCACAAGGACAGGGUAGCAUCUCUGAUAUAUUCGAAUCGGGGGGGAUCUUUUCUGGUGCGUCUAACCGUUUCAAGGGCCUCAAGGGCGUGGAAAAUGUUUAUACACAACACACGACACUACUAGAAACCACACUUCAAAAUCUUGUCAAAGGCCGCUUAAAGGAGCAACAAUACCCAUUUGUUGACGCAGGAGGAACGACUAGAGAUAAGCCUCAGGACAUUAUAGUCUUUAUGGUUGGUGGUGCAACAUAUGAAGAAGCAAAGAUGAUUGCGGGCAUCAAUGCCACAACACCUGGCAUUCGCGUUGUUUUGGGAGGAACCUCUAUUCACAACACCAGUACAUUCAUGAAAGAAGUAGACGAUGCAGUCAGCUCUUGGCCCGAUGCUCGAAGCCAACGAUGA